AUGAACACUCCCUAUUUACUUCUGAUGACUGUCUGCUUGCUUUUCUGCCUGAACACAGCCACAGUUUCCCUUCUUGCAGGUCUCGGCCACAGGUAUGACCAGUUUGUAUGUGCUGACAAAGGAGGAACCUGUAACUACUCUCCUUGCCCGAGCUACAGCAAAAUGGAGGGCACCUGUUACAACGGCAAGGCCAAGUGCUGCAUCCGCUUAUUCUGA